UUAGCAAUAUUUUUUUGCCAAUUAAGAAAUUUGUUAGAACAGGUAACCAUUUCAAGUUCAUGGUUAUUCUAAUGCAACAUUUAAUAAUGGCAGCUGUUGCCGGCCUAUAAACAAAACAGUAAACAUACCAACAACAUCUAUUAAAUGCGCGAUAGUUGUCAAAAAUGGCGGGAAUUUUGGCUUCAUUUGCGAAAUCAGCCAUUUCCAAAUUGUCUGGCGAGGAAAGAAGAAUCGUUUGGUUUUACUCGGGUGUGUGUGUGCAAAAAGCUUUUAUAACAAUGUCGACUGAAGUGCUCAAGAAGAAAUUGGAAGAUAUCGAACAACCUACACCAAAAAAGAUGAAGGUAGAGUCAAAUUGUGUGUUGCGGUUCGCAAAGAUUACAGAAAAUGCUUUCGUGCCAGUGCGCGGAUCGGAACGCUCCGCUGGUGUAGACUUGUGCAGCGCUUAUGAUUUGAUAGUUCCAGCGCGUGGUAAAGCUGUUGUGAAAACGGACUUGCAGGUGCAGGUGCCUGAAGGAUCUUACGGACGUGUCGCUCCGCGCUCCGGCUUAGCUGUGAAGAAUUUCAUAGAUGUUGGUGCCGGUGUCGUGGAUGAAGACUACCGCGGUAACUUGGGCGUUGUAUUGUUUAAUCACUCGGAUACAAAUUUCGAAGUAAUGCGCGGCGAUCGCAUAGCACAGUUGAUUUGUGAGCGCAUUUUUUAUCCAGAAUUAGAGCAAGUAGAUAGACUUGAUAACACCACGCGUGGAGCUGGUGGUUUCGGUUCGACUGGAGUUAAGGAAGUGAAGACCAAAAAUGGUAAUGGCACUGCCACAAUGGAAACUAAGGAAGUCGAGGACGAAAGUGAUAAAGAAGAAAAAGAAGCUGACGAUGAGGAGUCCAAUGGUAAAGAAGUUGCUAAGGAAGAAAACAGUGAGGCAACUAAUGGAAAAGAAUCAGCUUCCACAGCCUAAAUUCAAAAAUUAAUAGUUUAUAAGUUAUCCAUUCCAUUAUUUCAAAUUCAUACUACAUGUAUUUUUCAUUUUACGUUUGUUGUGUUAAAAAUUGUUUUCAACGCAAAAAUGCCAUUAAAUUCACAAGCUGAGGCGUAUUUAUUAA